AAAAUUAGAAACUACAGCCUUCGCUCAUUCAAAAUGAUCACAUUUUUUAUUUAUCGGACCUUAAUUUGAUCGGCGAACUGAUUCCAUGCAUCAUCGGCCCAUUAGUCGUGCACUUAAUCAGUAAGUUAGCCCCUGCGAUGCGGGAGAGCCGCUCUGUCGACGCUGGAACCGCUUUUCGGAGAGAAAUGAAUGCUAAUGAGAUGGCUGUGAUGGGCAUCACCACAGAGUUGGCAAACUCGGCUUCGCCAGUCUCUUUACAACAGGCCCUGUCGAGCUGCAGCAGUUCAAUGGGAUCGGAAGAGGAUGACGAUGACAUUCUCCUUAAAGAAGUGGACUUUGUUGACGCUGAGGACAUUUCAAUGUACGUUGGAGACGAGAGUGUUGGGGAUCACCCGACGUUGACUGAGCAACUUUUUGGAGGGAUGGCCAACAGCCACAGCAAUGUCCUUUUGUCACAGCCUACUACCAGCAAUGAAGAUGAAAAAACCUUGCUGAACGGCAAAAUGGAUCAGAUUAAAACGCAAAACGAUAAGAAACUAUUAGAUGGCACUAAGUUUGUUGGUGAGAAAUCGGGCCUACGGAAACCUUGCAAAUGCGAGUUUUGCGGAAAGGAAUUCGCCAAGAUCAAGUACCUGAACAAGCAUUUGCAGCGGCAUGUUGGUGAUCGCAACCACAAGUGUGAAAUGUGUGACAAAUCUUUUUACUCACAACACGAGCUAAAGAUCCACCAACGGAAGCACACCAAAGAGUCACCUUUCCAGUGCAACCAUUGUGGAAAGUGUUUCCGACAACACUCCGGUCUCUACUUGCACAAAACCAUCCACAGCGGGGAAAUGCCUUACUCAUGCGACAUCUGCUUUCGCAAGUUUAGGCAGAAAAUGGGUCUGGUCUGUCACAUGAGGUGCCAUACCGGUGAAAGACCCUAUAUUUGCAUGCAGUGCGGACGGGGUUUUAGCUGCAACCGGUCACUCCGAAAUCACAUGCGGAUACACACUGGAGAGGUUCCUGAAAAGCGUUACCUUUGUGAUAUUUGUGGGAAAAGUUAUGGUUUUGAUAGCAGCCUCCGCAAUCACAAGUUGACGCACACCGAUGAAAAGCCGUUUGCCUGCAGCGAGUGCGGCAAAGGCUUCAAAGAUGCCAAAAUCCUACGGGAACAUCUCAGAUGCCACACCGGCGAAAAGCCGUACAUGUGCAGUGUGUGUGGCAAAACCUUUUCGCACACAGGCACACUUUACAAGCACAAGCAGCUGCACAGAGAUGACCGGCCCUUCCAGUGCACUACCUGUGGCAAAAGUUACAAGCUCAAGGGCCAUCUUACUGUUCAUAUGAAGAGCCACUUUGAGUAGUCCAUCUGAGCCAAUCCUUGUGCCAAAUUUGGCUGCUGAACCAUUAUCUGCUGAAAUUUAAAGGACGCUUCUUUUGUAUUGAGAUUUCUUUUAUUCUGCUUAGUUUGGCUGUGAGUUCAUCGACGAGGAUUGGAUUUUCACGUUGUUCCUAGAGUCUCGUUUUAUCCAUCUGUUUUUGCAAUUUUACUAUGUGACAAUGUGGCUUUUUUCUUUGUUUGUUGUCAUUUUAAUUUAAGCCUUAUUACAAUUGGUCUACUUUAAA